AUUUUUUCAUUAAUUUACUUGCUUAGUUCGUUAUUAACAUGUUAGUUAUGCAUCUCAACAUUUUCUUGGUAUUUUUGUGCCAUAGAAGUUGACCCUUGUUCAUCAUCACCAUCAUCCUCAUCAUGAAGCUGUUCGGUUUAUGCCUGAUGCUAGGCACCGUUGUGACCCUGAGUCAAGCAAAUCCGAUCAACUCCACCCUCACCAGGCACAUCGGAGGCAUCUGUGAGUUAAAGAGACACAACUGCCCGGACCUGCUCGGGGCCUUCUGCCCACAGUGCGACGACCACGGGAACUUCCUCCCAAAGCAGUGCUCCGGCUCGACCGGUUACUGCUGGUGUGUCGAUGUCAUCACUGGAGAGGAGAUACCCAACACGAGGAGCCGGCCUGGGGUCAUGCCUGUCAACUGUGAAAUGCACGAGCACUGUCCGUAUGGCUGGUCCCGCUUCGAAGAGCGGUGUUUCAUCUUCGUUGACAACCCGAAGUCGUGGCUUGAAGCUGAGGUUUUCUGUCAGUUUGAUGAGGCCAACCUGGCGUCAAUCCACAGUGAUGAGGAGAAUCACUUUGUCCAGUCUCUGAUCCGCGAAAACACCAACAACUUCCCAGAAACAUGGAUUGGAGGCAAUGAUGGCAUGCAUCCUGGUUUCUGGAUGUGGUCUGACGGCUCAAAGUUCCACUAUGACAACUGGUAUAGUGAUGACAAUGAUGAGGAAACUGAACGCUGUCUGAGGAUGAAUUAUCAAUAUGGCUUGAAAUGGUCCGCUACCCACUGCGACGAUGCUCUACCUUUUGUUUGUUCCAAGAGUACCUAAACCCAACCUGAUCGUUUGCUAGUUAGUAGGAUGCACAUGUAGCAGUGCAGCAGAUGUAGAUCUUUUCUUAGUUCAAUGUGAUUGAUGUGCCAGUCUUUUCUGCAGAUCAUCAUGUUUGUACAUGAAUACCUUUUAUGCUGUUAUUAAAAUUUCUGGACUGUCUGAAA